UUAGUAAUUAAUAUAUUCGGUGUCUAAAGUUAUUAAAUUUCCGUAAAACAAUAUAUUCAAUAAUAAGUAAAUAUAGCCAAUUACUGUUAAAGGAGAGAUCAAUCUAUAGCUGCUAUCUUUGUAAACGGAGUAACGCGAAUAUGAAAGAAAAUAAACAGAUUAGUAAUGGAAUUAUGUUUCAUCAUUUUAAUAAUUAGUAAAUAUGAAAAUUAAAUAAUAUAUACAUACAUUCUGUACAAAAAGUAUCUAGAAUUUUUCAUUUAAAAGUCCCGCUUAAAAAGUAUCGGCAAUUUUGUUUUCUUUAAGUUGGCAUCGCUGUACCUAAUUACUAGACGCAUCAUAUGGUUGAGAUCUUGUUUACAGCUGAUGUUUAUGUUAGUCGUACUCAACAGGAGUUUGCUGUUUUUAUAAUAGAAAAUAAAGUGGAACAAAAAGUUGUAUUAAAUUUCAUGUGAGAAAUCGUUGAAAAUGAUUAAAAGAGUAUUUUAUAUUUUAUUUAACGAUUAUAGGGGUAUUUUUUGUACAGAAUAUAUUAAUAGUUUGUGCAAAUGUAAUACAUUUGUGUGUAAACAUUUGAAAAAAGAAAAACAAUGAAGGCCACAUCGGAUAAGUAUAAUAUAAUGUAUAAUAUGUUACAUACACCUUUAUAUUAUAUAUUGUUACGUCGUCACGUAAUAAACUAUCGACAUCCAAUGAAAACAGAUUUGUUUCAGUUUAUGAAAUUGACCAUGUAGAAAAGUGAUCCAAUCAGACAGGGUAGUUAUUAUUCUCAUUCUGAUUCUUAAUCAAAUUUCUUGUUCAAUUUCUUGUUCAAUUUUGAGUUAACCCAAUUUGAGUGAGUUUUAGAAGCUCCAAGCAGUAAGUUACGUCAAAAUAAGUUUUGUUUACCAUUACAUCCGUCUUCUGAUAUAGUUUGACUAUACAGGAAAAACUUUUUUAUACAAUGUAUAUUUUUGUUUACGUUGUUAUAUCAUAAUUUAUAUUAUUAACGAUAUUAAUAUUUAUAAAUAAUAUAAGAAAUAUAAUUAGUAUUGAAUUUAAUUAAGAUGCCUGUGUUUAGUGGUCACUUGAAACAUUCAAUAAAUUUAUCAUUGAUUGAUCUACAUACAAAGUUAAAUAAUAAACAAGAAGACAAAUUAGAUAGUAUACCUGCAGUGAGUAAAAGGUACGAUUCAAAAGUUUUAAUUGGAAAUUGGCUGGAGCGUCGUACACCUUACAUACCUUUCUCUAAUGAUUGGAUAACAAUAUACAAGCAACAUUAUAAACCUUACGAUACCAACAUAUACAAAAAAGAUCGAAUAGAAUUUUGGAAUAAUAAAAUAGAAAAUGAAGGUUUGUCAAGUACAUUAAUGGAUUGUCAUGAAAAAUCCUAUUGUAACAAUAUGACCACAACAUAUGAUUUAAGCUACAGAAUUCUACCUAAGCAGUUACAAAAAUCUUAUAGAAUUUAUAAUCUAAGGAAAAAUAAAUGGUUACCGGAACAAGAUUUAACUAAAGAUUUUGGGAAUUUAACAAAAACUGGUAUUAAAGAUGCAUUACAAGUUUGGUGGGACAGUAUUUCAGACGAUGCAAUAAAGUUUUGCAGAUGGAGAACUACGUAUCAAGAUGAGUACAAAUUUCAGGAUGUUUCUCUUAUAAAUAAGAAGUUUCAUAAACAACGAUUGAACACAAACAUAUCAUAUUUAAGCAGCUUAAACCAUAUCAAUGAAUAUUCGAACGGUUGUCCGGUUGCCUUUUCUAACUAAAAUAGCAAAAUUGUAAAUUAAAAGUGGCACAUUUUCUCAAAUAUUUUCCUUCUUCUGUUCUUUUUAAAGAUAAUAUAAC